CAGGAUUACUGCGCAGUGGUAUAUAAGACAGAAUAUUUUUGUAGAACAUCAGACUUAUGUCAAUGCUCUAUACAGUGACUACAUCUCGAUAAAUACUAAAAAUUCUUAAGCAUGGCUAACAAAUAUGAUACUCCAGCAAGACGUGCUCUGUUUGAAACAGCCUGCAGUGUGGAUACCAAGACUCCAGUCACUAAGAAGACUACACACACAUUUGAGUCACCAUUCUCAAUUCGUACCCUGCUGAAUCUGAGGGAAGAGACUUCAUCACAAUCUACACAACCAACUGAAGUACCUCCAAGGAGUAUUAUGUCAAGCCUGGCCUCACAUCCUAGCUUCAAUGAGCUAAGCAAAGCUCUCGCUGCAGAUAUCAACACUCGAGAAAUGCCUUCACAGCUGAUCCAGACAGUAUCGCCUCAGCUGAUCCCAGUGCCAGCCUGUAUCUCUGCCCUGGAGGAGCGCAUCUACUCACUCAAGUGCCAGUUAUCUGAUCCUACCAAGCUACUGGAAUUAGAGUCCUUCUACCAUCAUCAGACCCGCCAGGUGGAGUCUGAGCGUUACACACAUCUCUCCAACUGUCUACCAAUGCAUCAACACACCAUCAACAUCCAGUGUGACCAUCAACUCCGCCUUCUGAUUGGUCGAGUAAAACGCAGCAUCAGACUCCUGGAGACAUCUCUCAUCACCCAAGACAACAUCAGCUACAACCUCGCUGCAUUUGAGUCUAGGAACUCUCUCGAAGAGUUUCCUCCACAGCCAAUAAUGACUUCAACUCCUAAGAAGCAAUCUGGGAAUCCUAGGAAAUCUCAUCGCCAUGCAGUGUAUCGCCAACAGUCUACAGCUGUGUUGGAGACUUGGUACGCUGUCAACUCUCACAAUCCCUACCCAAGCACUGACAUUAUCAUCUCUCUCGCUAACCAGGCUGAUCUCACCACAUCCCAGGUUCGCAAGUGGUUCUCCAAUAAACGACUCCGAGGUGGACGUGUCAGCAGGAAGUUGCUUAAUCAUCUACAUCAUCAAAAUGAACUUGUGCCAAGCAGCUCUGUGCAAUCUUGGAUUUAGUAUUGUUUUCAGUUGAAAUGAACUCUUAAUGAAUCUGCCAAAUGUAUAAAUUAAUGUAAAUAUAAUUGUAUAUAUAAUUGUGAAAUUGUGCAUAACCUUCUCAUAUAUUUGUGUAAUAAAAUUGGGAAAUGAAAUUAUAAUCUUAUGUUUUAUUAUGUAUUUAUGUGGUAAUCAUGCUUGAGCUUACUGACAAAUUAUUUUUCAUAGUCUACAUGGUUUCCCUCCCACUUUUCUUCACCCAUAUUCAAUGCUUUAUAAACAAGAUCCCAUCGGCCACAUCUUCAUCCUGGUGUAGAUUUAUUUGCAUGUGGAUGUUGCAUUCAAUUAAAAUUGUUCUAAUGUGUGCAGUCAACGAUAAAUGUCUUGAGCGAAUAUUUUCAGUGUCUUACCCUGGUAAU